AUGGCAUCGGUUUGUGCGGUGGCGCGCGUUUUGCUCUGUUUGAACGUCGUCAAAGUUUACUUGGUGAGCUCGGAGCUGAACGGAGAUAUUCCCGCAGAAGAGCCCACCAUCCACAGCCCUGCUCGAGAUAUGAUGACGGUUCAUAUGUACAGAGUUUAUGAUAAAUACAGCAAGAAGCAGCAGCAGCAUCAACAGCAACUCAAUGUGAACACAAUACGAAGCUUUAGAGGAGUUCCAGAGCUCUCCCAUCACAAGGUGGUGUUCCACUUCAACCUGACCUCCGUUCCCGAUUCGGAGAUGAUACUGACGUCAAAUCUGCAUUAUCCUGACCAACAAUCUCGCCCUCGUUCUUGGGCCUGCCAGCGUUCCCGAAGAUCCUCCUGCCGCCUUCAAUACCUUCAAACAACCACUCCACGUCUAAUCAUCAAAGCAUCAUCAGCCAACGCCGCCGUCCCAACUCAACUCAGCAACAUCACAUUACCGCCAAACAGAAAAACACUUUGGCAGACUGCAGAUGUAUCCUCAGCUAUGAAGCAAGCUCAUGCGAACGCCGAGCUCUUAAUCAGUAUUGAGUUUGACUUUGGUCACCACAAACGACAAGAGCAUUUACCUCCUCACAACAUGCCGUUCAUUCUUGUGUACGCUGACGAUAUUGAUAUUACAGAACCGAAUAGUGUUGCUGGAAGUCUUCAGAGAUACAGUCCAUCUCCUGUUGACAGCAAAGCAUCUCCCUUAACAUCCAGAAUCAGGAGAGAAGUCGGUCAUUUAAAGGAGAAUCAGGUUCCUGGUGUGCGGUACAUUGAUCUUAAGAGCGGGGGGUUAUGGGAUGGAGCGUUUUUUGCGAAACAAAACAAACCCUUGACUGACAUUGAAGGCUCGAGGGGGUCUCAGGAGCUCACUUUCGAUGAGAAGACCAUGAAAAAAGCGAGACGCAAGCAGUGGAGCGAGCCGAGAGUAUGCACACGGCGAUAUCUGAGGGUGGACUUUGCUGAUAUCGGUUGGAGUGAAUGGAUAUUAGCUCCAAAAGCUUUUGACGCCUACUACUGUGCGGGAACAUGUGCAUUCCCUAUUCCAAAGGUUGUCCAUCCAUCCAAUCAUGCGACCAUCCAGAGUAUAGUGAGAGCGGUUGGGAUUGUUCCUGGAGUCCCGGAUCCGUGCUGCGUCCCGGAUAAGAUGAGCUCUCUGGCCGUACUCUUCCUGGACUCCAGCAGGAAUAUGCUAUUGAAGAUCUAUCCCAGCAUGUCUGUGGAAACCUGCGCCUGUCGAUAA